AUGAACAGUCUAAGUCGUCUGCUGAAGUAUGGUGCGAUUGCGGGCGCAAUGAGUGCUUCGUUCGCAGGUGGUUACUAUUUCCAGAAUCCACCAGAGCUCAGACAUCUUCAUGCAGCGACUGCCGAUAUUGUUGGUUCUCGAUUGUUGUGUUUCCAUUUUUUUCACUCGUUUUUGUCGUCGCCUCAGAAUUUCAUUACCAAAUCUACUAAUGGUGUUAACUGCUCACUACAUUGA